AAACCAAAUCAUUAGUGUCUUAGUCUUUCCUUUAAUCUUCAGCGUCUCGACUACACUUAUACCCAUUACUCUCAAAUAUGCCUGCAACACGUUCAUCCAGCAGGCAGCCCCAGUCUGCGGUGCUUCCGUACAUAAAUAUGAAGAAACGCCCUGUAGCAACUACUACCAGCCACCCCGACAUCAUUAUUGUAUCCUCAGACGACGACGAACCUCUUGCCAAGAGAGCUGGCCCCUCCAAGAAGUCGUACACCGACAAGUCACGCAAGACUAAGAGCAAAAAACCACUCCCUGUGAUUGACCCCGACGACAUUGUGGAACUGACCUCGGGCGACGAGCAGACCCCUCCGAAGAAGCCUGCCCAGCCUGCAGACAAGCAGAUCGUGAGGCUGCAGAAAGAAAUAAGGAAGCUAAAGCAGUCUAACGCAGAGUAUCAGAGAGACCUGUCCCGUGUCAGCCAAACUUCGGCUGUGACAAAGAAAGAACGGAAAUUUAUUGACGUUAACAAACUCGAAGAUAGCAUCUCCUGUGAAGUUUGCACCCUUAAGAUGUGGACCCCUUAUAUUCUCUCCGAAUGUGGUCACUCAUUUUGUCAAUCCUGUCUACAGGAUUGGUUCAGCGCGACAUUCACGCACCACAUGGCUGUCCAUCCCAAUUUUAUUCAAGGUCAGACGAUCCCUCACCAAGCGCGAGCGCUUUUACUGCAUCCCAGCAUUCUAUUCGAUGCAAAGUUACAGCAACAAGUGCAAUUGAUGCUCGCGCAAUAUCAAUCACUCCAACCACCAUACACCUGCCCAAAGUGUCGUCACGGCGUUUAUACGAGGCCUGUGGAGGACUUCAAACUGAAGGCUAUAGUACAGCAAAUGGCUGAAGCUUUGGGAGAGUUGAGUCCUCGAAAAGAAGUUUGUAGAUCAAAAGGCUCGCGCAACGAAGGACCAUUCGAUGGAUUUUUCCCCCACACAGUCAUACAAUCGAUCCGUUAAAUUAUUUACAGUUCGAACGAUUCCGUUAUUCUGGAUAUCUACCAAGAAUCUCCACCACGAGAUGUCUAAUUUCCUCUCCAAUUACCAGCGAAACCUAACCUACACACACCAGCGUUCUUUGUUUUGCUACAGUUCUCCGCUGUAAUUCGAAACCACGACAUUGUAUUAGGAGCUACAAGUUUAAAUACACAUUACACCAGUCUUCAUCGUUUUUUUGUUUUAGCUUUG